AUGGGGUAUAGUGAAACUCAGAAAGGGUACAAACUUUAUGACUUGACAACUAAGUCUUUUUUUGUGAGUAGAGAUGUGCAGUUUUUGGAACAUAUUUUUCCUUUUCAGAAUGGUAAUCCAAGUGCUGAGUUUAUGGCUGAGGAUGAAUUCUUGAUUCCUGGCAAUAAGGUUUUCCCCUUAAAUGAUCAAUAUUUGGAUUCUGCACAGUUAGCAGAUAUGUCUCCAUAUAUAGUUGUUUCUGAUCAUGUAAUUGAUCCUUUGAUAGACUCACACAUUACCACUAUAGUAGUUCUUGCUACAAUGGUUCCUUUUGUGGAGAUUUCCCAUGAUGUGAUCCCAGAAUGUACUUUCACAUCUGAGCAUGCGAAUGAUGAUGCUGCAGUUUCCACUAGGAGAACAUCAGACAAACACAUUAAACCUCAUAUCUGGCAGAAAGACUUUGUGACUGCUAAUAGGGGUAGGUUUGCUCAUUCGUAUUUAUAUGCUAUUGCCAACAUCAUCAAUUAUAGUGGUUUUUCUAGUACAUAUCAAAGUUAUGUGGCCCAAUUCUCAACAGACAUAGAACCAACCUUAUAUCAUCAGGAAAUACAGGAUCCAAGGUGGAUACAAGCAAUGAAAGAUGAAAUUCAAGCUCUUGAGUACAAUGGAACUAGGGCUGAUGGACAAGUGGAGGGGUUCAAAGCUAGACUUGUAGCUAAAGGGUUCAAUAAAAGGGAAGGUCUUGACUAUCAGAAAACUUUUUCUCCUGUUGUGAAAAUGGUGACGGUAAGAACUGUGAUUUCUCUGGAUGUUUGGUCCAUUCAGCAAAUGGAUGUUUACAAUGCGUUUUUGCAAGAUGAUUUAAAUGAAGAGGUGUAUAUGCAAUUGCCACAGGGUAUUAAAAAUGGGACACAAGAUCUCAAGGUUUGCAGGUUGCUUAAGUCUCUUUAUGGUCUGAAACAGGCUUCAAGGCAGUGGAAUGUCAAGCUUACAUCUGCCCUUGUCACAACUGACUCAGGUUUAAGUGGUUCUAAGACCAUUGCCACACCUGUUGAGCUAAAUAAAAAGUUGACAGCUUGUGAGUUUGAUAAUCAUAUUGAUGGCCCUCUUGAUCCUGUCUUAGCAGAUCCAGGGAAAUAUCAAAGACUUGUUGGUCGAUUGUUAUAUUUGACUAUUACCACACCGGACAUUGCCUUUGCUGUCCAAAGUUUAAGCCAAAGGUCUAUUACUGGUUAUAUGAUUAAGUUUGGAGAGUCUUUGAUCUCCUGGAAAUUCAAGAAACAACCAACUAUUUUUAAGAGCUCAGCUGAAGCUGAGUACAAGAGUUUAGCCUCAGAUGUUGCUGAAAUUGUAUGGCUGUUUGGUUUGUUCAAAGAACUCAAUGUUAAGUUGCACCUCCAAGUUUCUUUGCACUAUGACAGUAAAGCUGAUUUUUAG